AUGGCGCUGGCCGAGCACCCCUUGACCCCAGAGCUUGCAAGUGCAGGGCUGGGCGCACCCAUUGGUGGUUUCUUUGCUGAAACAGCAGCGGUGGGCGCAGCAGCGUCUUGCGGCAGCGGCGGCGUGUGCGGCAGCUACCCGGCACCCGCAUGCGGCUCGGAGGGCGGCUGCGCGGCGGGUGCAGGCGCCCCAUGGCAGCAGCAGCAGCAGGAGCAGGAGCAGCAGCAGCAGCAGCAGCAGCAGCAGCAGCAGCAGGCCCUGCCCUGCCGGACCGACAUGUCUGGAGAGCUGCUGCUGCUCAGCCAGGAACUCAGCGGCUCCGCGAGCGCCGCCGCAGCGCGCACGGACGGCCGCGCUGCCGCUGCCGCCGCCGCCGCCGCAGCCGGCCCGGCGCCCCAACCGGGCAUCACCAGCCAGCGGCGCGCCGCACCCGGGGACGCGGCGGCCGCGUCCGGCAAGCAGCGGCGCGCGGCGGGGCGGUUCAUAUACGGCAACUACCACAAAUACUACGGCUACCGGCUGCGGGAGGGCCCGGAGGGUGCCAUGGCGCACGACGGGCGGCUGCGGGUGCUGGACCCGGCCUGGUUCAGGGGGCGGAGGCUUCUUGACGUCGGCUGCAACGAGGGCGUGGUCACGCUGGCGAUGGCGAUGGAGUUUGGGUGCAGCCGCACUGACGGCGUGGACAUCGACCCGGUGCUUGUGGGCAAGGCGGUCGCCAACGCGGCGCGGCUGAGGCACACGCUGCAGCAGCGCGUGCACGACGCGACGCGCCCCGGAAACAGGCCCGAGGGCUACGACCCGGCGCUGCGCGCGCUGUCGCGCCGCCACAAGGCGCUGUCCCGCGUGACGUUCUCGGCCGGCAACUGGCUGGACGCGCCCUGCCCGCCGGGCAAGUACGAGGUGGUGACGGUUUUCAGCGUCACCAAGUGGGUGCACCUGAACUGGGGGGAUGAGGGCCUGGUCAAGCUUUUCCAGAAGCUGCACAGGUGA